AUGUGUGGAAAACCCAUGAGACCUCGAGGGUGCUACUACCAACAUGAGCCCCUCUGUGUACGCCCACAGUUGGACUUGAUGAUCUACUCAGCUCUCAACGUGGACGAUGGCGCGAGGCUGCAGCAGAAACCGGAGGACGCGGUCUUCGUGUUCGAUGUGGGGAAGAAGACCUGGAAAUCCUAUGACUGGUCCAAAGUGACGACGGUGGCCGCCUUCGGGAGCUACGACGCGGAGCUCAUGUGCUACGCUCACUCCAGGGGCGCCAGGAUCGUGCUGAAAGGUGAUGUACCGCUUAAGGAAAUUGUUGAUCCUGCUAAAAGAGCAGCCUGGAUAUCCCAGCAAGUGGAUCUCGCCAAGAAACAGUAUAUGGAUGGAAUUAAUAUAGACAUAGAGCAGGAAGUUAAUGAAACCUCCCCUGAGUAUUACGCAUUAACAGAGCUUGUUAGAGAAACUACGGAUGCUUUUCACAGAGAAAUUCCAGGAUCGCAGGUAACGUUUGAUGUGGCCUGGUCCCCAGCAUGCAUAGAUCAAAGGUGCUACAACUACACUGGGAUUGCUGAGGCCUGUGAUUUCUUAUUCGUGAUGUCGUAUGAUGAGCAGAGCCAGAUCUGGACCGACUGCGUUGCGAAGGCCAAUGCUCCUUAUCUCCAGACACUAGCUGGCUAUGAAGAAUACAUUACUAUGGGCAUUGAUCCCAAGAAGCUUGUGAUGGGUGUUCCCUGGUAUGGCUACGAUUACGUCUGCCUAGACUUAUCUAAGGAACAUGUUUGUUCUCUUUCCAAAGUCCCUUUCCGCGGGGCUCCGUGCAGCGAUGCUGCAGGGCGCCAGCUCCCCUACGGAACAGUAAUGAAGGUGGCGAACGGCUCCCUGUCGGGGCUCCUGUGGGAUGAGCUGCAGAAAUCUCCUUUUUACGAAUAUAAGGACUCCCGUGGUCGCUUCCACCAGGUGUGGUAUGACAACCCACGCAGCAUCUCUUUAAAAGCAGCAUAUGCCAAGAAUCGAGGUUUAAGGGGCAUUGGCGUGUGGAAUGGAAAUAGCCUGGACUACUCGAAGGAAGCUGCAGCACAGCAGCAAACUGAAGCAAUGUGGAAAGCCUUGACACCAUAAGAACUAUAUGCAAUUGUGACCACCUUGAUUUAGAAGGAUGAAAAUUGGUAU